GUUUACAUGCUGCUGGUCACAUGAUCAGUGAUUAGUUUGUGUGUUUGUGUUAUGUUUAGCUGUAAGUGUACUGAAAUUCGGGGUGUUUGUUUGAAUCCGAAUAGUCUUUUGUAGAUUUUAUUUAGUGAAAUGCGUUGUUAAUUUCAAUAUUUGCAUUGUUUCGCAGCAAUCAAGCUCCAAGUGUUCGUGAAGUUGAUCAUUUCGCAUCUGGAUUCUUCUCAAUGUAUUCUAAGAAAAUUUUAUUAUGCAGCAGUAAUUAUGCGAGUAAAAGAGUCAGCUGUUUGUCUCAAAUCGCUCGAUAUCUUCGUAUGCAGCCGAUCAACAACGAAAUCGACGAGAAUAAUGUUAAAUUCAAAAAUAAUUACUCGAAAAUGAAAGAAUUUUUAGUCACGUUCGACGAGAUAACGAAACAAAAUGUAUUCAAUCGUAAUGAGAAAACCGUCAAGCUGCACCGGUCCAGAAACAAGCAGAUGAUUAGGGAAAGAAUAGAUAAGUUGAUCGACGAAGGAACCGCAUUCUUGGAACUCUCGCAGAUGGCCGGUUACAAAAUGUAUCCCGGAGAAGAUCUACCUUCCGGCGGAAUUGUUACAGGGAUUGGUAAAAUAUCAGGACUGGAUUGCAUGAUUAUUGGAAACGAUGCUACGGUUAAAGGAGGAACGUAUUAUCCGAUCACUGUUAAGAAACAACUCAGAGCUAUGGAGAUCGCCGAUCAGAACGGAUUAGCUUGCAUUUAUCUCGUCGAUUCCGGCGGUGCCAAUGUCAAGCGUCAAGCUGAAGUGUACGCCGAUAAGGAACACUUUGGUAGAAUAUUCUAUUAUCAAGCUUUACUCUCUGCCAAAGGUAUUUCGCAAAUAGCUGCUAUUGUCGGAAUGUGUACCGCUGGAGGAGCGUAUAUUCCGUCCAUGUGCGACGAAAGUGUCAUCGUUAAAAACAACGGAACUUUGUAUCUAGCUGGACCACCUCUCGUCGAAGCUGCAACCGGUGAAGUUGUCAGUGCUCAAGAACUCGGCGGUGCUGAUCUCCACUGCAGAACAUCCGGCGUAACCGAUCAUUUCGCUGAAAACGAAGACCACGCUAUGGAUAUCGUGAAACGAAUCGCUGCCAGGAUUAAAAACGAGAAAAAAGGCUCCCUUGUACCCACCAACGUAUCAGAAAUACCACGUAUUCCGCCCAGGCCUCCGUUAUACCCUAGUCAUUAUCUGUAUGGGCUUACCGAUGUUAAUAGAAAAGAUACUUUCGAUGUUAGACAAAUAAUCGCUUGCGUAGUCGACGGAUCAGAAUUCGACGAAUUCAAAGAAACAUUCGAUGAGAAUUUAGUUACCGGAUUCGCGCGUGUGAAUGGUUACCUGACCGGUAUUAUUGCCAAUAAUGGGGUGAUGUUAUCCGAAUCCGCUAUUAAAGGCGCUCAUUUUAUCCAAUUAUGCUGUCAACGUAAAAUACCGAUAAUAUUUCUUCAAAAUGUAACAGGUUUUAUGGUGGGUAAAGAGUACGAAGCCAGCGGAAUCGCCAAACACGGCGCUAAACUCAUAACAGCCUUGUCGUGCGCUCAAGUGCCCAAAAUCACCGUCAUAAUAGGGGCUUCUUACGGUGCAGCUAAUUUCGCCAUGUGCGGUAGAGCUUUCAAUCCUAGGUUCCUGUUCUCGUGGCCGAAUUCAGAAAUUGCCAUCAUGGGAGGAGAGCAAGCUGCGAAUAUGUUGAUAAGGGUUUCCAAGUUGAACGAAGAAGAAAAAGGUAAACUUAAACAGCAAAUCUUGAACCAAUUUCAAGAAGAAAGUCAAGCAUACUAUGCGAGCGCCAGAUUGUGGGAUGACGGUGUCAUAGAUCCGGCCUCCACCAGGGAUAUAUUAUCGUUGUGUUUGAGUAUUUGUCUAAAAGCACCUAUACCGGAUCGACCUCAAUAUGGCAUUUUUAGGAUGUGAUGAUGAACGAUGAUUUAUUUCGGAUACCUUCCUACCGCGAGAAGUGGUAUGAAUUAAAUCGGGGCGAAAAUUUAAAAAAGAUUAACGAUCUUUGUGAUAUCAAUUAACACGUAACUUACGGUAUCGUUGAUCGUUGUAAUUUGCUCAGGCCGCAGCCACAAUUGGUAUACUUAACGGGUUUCUUUGUUGU